CAGUAAGUUCAGAGCCGUGGACGGCUGGAGUCUAAGCUGGCCACGGCCCACGGGCACGGCAGAUGCGGUGUGCCGCGGGCGCAAGAGACUCCCGCCCGCCAGUAGCCAAAAGGUCAAGAAGACUCACUCCACCGUGUCCGUGCCCGCCGCUGCCUUGUAGAGCUACGCUAAGCUAAGCUCGGGGCGCCAACGGUUGAUCGAUCCAGUAAAUUAACCACGCGACAGCGAAGGAGCAAAGGCAGCACGCAACGCAACCUGACGCUAGCUUCGCUGGGGGCAUCAGCAUCAUCAGCCAUGGCGACGGGGGGCGGCAACCUGGGCAGCGUGGUGGUGGCGGUGGACGGCAGCGAGGAGAGCAUGAAGGCGCUGCGCUGGGCGCUCGACAGCGUCCGCCUCCGCCCCGACGGCGCGCUCGUCGUGCUCCACGUCCAGCCGCGCCCGGGCAUCGCCGCCGGGCUCAACCCCGGCCCCAUCCCCUUCGGCGGCCCCAGGGAGGUGGAGGUGCCGGCGUUCACGCAGGCGAUCGAGGCGCACCAGCGGCGGAUCACGGAGGCCAUCCUGGAGCACGCGCUCAAGAUUUGCGCCGAGAAGAACGUGGAGGUGAAGACGGAGGUGGUGGUGGGGGAUCCCAAGGAGAAGAUCUGCGAGGUGGCGGCCGAGCUCAAGGCCGAUCUGCUCGUCAUGGGAUCCAGGGCCAUUGGGCCUGUCAAGAGGAUGUUCUUGGGCAGCGUGAGCAACUACUGCAUCAACAGCGUGGGCUGCCCCGUCGUCGUAAUCAAGGGCACCUGAAGACCAUCUUCGAACCAACAUUCUCUGCUUUGCUGCAGUCCACAUCAAGUUUUUGAUGCAAUCUGUAAUCCUGCGCGACACAAUGUUUUCGUGUCACCUGGCGUUGUUUGGUGGUGUGUGGUUCCGAUGGACGACAACUGCUCUGCUGUGCGUGCAUACAACGUAUAUCCCGUGCAAAGGAAAAUGUGUGUAUUAUUGGUUUUGUGGACUUUGUGGGGGAAUAAGCGCCGGUGUAGCACAUGGUUUUGUGUACUCCUGUGGUUCUGGCCUUCUGGGAAAACGUGGUACCAUGUGGCAUGUGAAUGUGAACAUUUGCGAAAUGUAAAACCCUCCAUCCUGUGUUCUUUAUCUGA